GCCUGGAUUUACCACGGUUUAUGUUGUUAAGACUAUUUAGACCUAUGCUAACAGCAAACCAGCUGCAAAUAUAUAGCAACAAACAGCUGCACCUUAACAUUUUUCUUAUAAUCAGUUUUCUAAAAUCAUUUUCGAAAACCUUGUAUAGUGAAUGGCAAGGGGAUAAAAAAAAAAAUAAAAUCCGUACUAAUUAAUUAGUCAUCAGCUCGCUCGCCACACUCGUUAAUCUAUGAACUUUUGUGUUGAUAACAUUCACAUUCUGUGUAUUGUAGAUGUUGCCAUUUUCAUUAUUUAAAACAUGUGAGGCUGUACAGCAGAUUUAAAAACCUGUGCAUCCCACAUCCCUGCCGCAGACCGGACAUCGUUUUCGCAAUAACCUACCUGGCCCUCCCAUUUUGAAUGUGAGAGUCACUAGUAACUAGCCACCAAGCUGUACCGAGGAAUUUCCGUCAUCUUGAAAAAAGUCCAGAAAGAUGAGUUACCCAGGAUAUGGUGCCCCCCCCGGAGGAUUCGGUGGAGGGUACGGGGGAGCACCUGGUGCCCCUGUUAUGGGAGGAUUUCCUGGCCAGCCGCAAGAUCCUCUUUAUAGCUAUUUCGCUGCUGUUGCAGGCCAGGAUGGUCAGAUAUCUGCAGAUGAGCUCCAGACAUGUCUAACUCAGUCCAACAUCUCUGGAGCCUAUAAACCUUUCAAUCUUGAGACCUGUAGGCUGAUGAUCAGCAUGUUGGAUAGAGACUUCUCACACACAAUGGGCUUCAAUGAGUUCAAGGAGCUGUGGAGUGUCCUGAAUGCCUGGAAACAGCAUUUCAUGUCCAUUGACCGAGACCAAAGUGGCACUGUGGACCCACAGGAAAUGCACCAAGCUGUCGCCUCUAUGGGCUACAGACUGAGCCCUCAAGCUAUGAAUGGCAUCAUUAAGAGAUACAGCACUCAUGGGAAGAUCUCAUUUGAUGAUUAUGUCGCCUGCUGCAUCAAACUCCGAACCCUUACUGAUUUAUUCAGAAAACGGGAUCAGGCUGGGCAGGGAAUGGCCACUUUUCAAUACGAUGAUUUUAUCCAAUGUGUCAUGAGCUCAUGAGCGGACAGGAGAACAUCUGAAAGGGAUUUUGCCCACAUUUACCCUUUACAAAGCAGAAUGUUAUGCCAUAUCUAAUAAAAUGCAUGUGUGGUAUUUUUCUAUCCUUGGUUGUUAUUUUUUUAACUAAUGAAAGAUAAACAUACUUUUUAACUACUGUUCUGCUUGCCUCAUUAGUUUAUCAUUUUGCUUCCUUUUUAGUCAACUUGUGCAUUAGCAAGAAGUUAUAAUACUGAUAAUUGAAAUAUUUCCUCUAGAUUGAUGUUAUUACAAUUGAUGUACAUAUGUACUGAUUACUUUUUUAACCACCAGCUAUAGUUUCUAAUCAUUUUUACCCAUGUGUAUGCUAUUAAUAUAGUGUCAAGUCAAUAAGUAAUGGAAAACAGUCUAUACUGUGUUUACUGGAAUGUAAUAAAAUGUGUAUCACCUCCAUUCAACUAA